CCGCUCGCCAUCAUGUCCUCCGAGACAUCAGCCACUCGCGACGCGGCUGCCCCGUUCUGCCCCGGCUUCGACGAAAACGCGCCAUCUGACGCGAUCAUCCAGUCCUCUGAUGGCGUCCGCUUCUAUGUCCACUGGGCCAUUCUCGGCUACGUCUCCCACUUCUUCCGCAACAUGCAAGCUUUUCCUCCGCCGUCCGGCGCGGAUGCGAACACGAUAUACGACGGCAAACCAGUUAUACCGCUUCCUGAGCCCCACAAAGUCAUCGAAAAGCUGCUGCUGGCGCUCUACCCUCAUGGGUCGGCCGCUUUUGCGCCUAUCAACCUCAAUGGCGUCGACGGGGCGCUGGAAGCAGCGAGGAAGUACGACAUCCCGAUUGCCACCUUCCAGCUCAAGGCUAUAUUGUUGGAGCGUGACUUUCUUCAGGCCAAUCCCCAUCGCAUCUUCGCGAUUGCGUGCCACCACGGCUACGAAGAUGUCGCGCAGGCAGCUGCUAUCGCGUCGCUGGACAAGAAAGGCGAACCGUUUUCCACCGUGUGGCCGCCACCCGCGGAGUAUCGCCUGAUGUCUGGCCUCCACCACUGGAAGCUGCACAAUUUCCGCCAACAGUGUGCUGGCCGGCUGGCAAAGGAGCUUCGGCACACGGCGGACGCAUGGGAUACCACGGUGAUUCCCAACAGCGGGUCGAUGUCCGCACCAGCAUCCUUUGGCGGCGUGUGGUGGGACCGGGGGGCAGGCCACGCGGCGGAGUGCGGCCCGAUGAAGGUGUUCGAUGAGGACGAGGAGGACGACUCUGACGAUUCUGACUCAGACGAGGAGAUGGAAGCCGGAAUGUACUUCCCUGCGAAGUGGUUCCGCGACCAUAUCCGGCGGUGCAGGGUCAAAUGCGAAACAACACCCAGCGUCGACGAGGUCACGAAGAUGGUCGGGCACAUCUCCGCAGAGACGCUGGCCGCCCUGGCCCCGUGCGCCGUCUGCUCCAAGGCGGCACCGUUCGAGCUCAUCAGCUUCGCCCGCGCGCUGAAGGGCGUGCUCACUCAGGCGGUUGAACAAGAAGCAAGCAAAAUGAAAUUUACUGCGUAG